AUUAGUGAAGAAGAAAGUUUGUAUCAGUCCAGAUCAGCUCCGAUACCAAAUAUUGCAAUGGUUGAGGGAUCACGAACUUUAAUGCGCCUUCUGUUUGAACGAAUCCUGAAUGCUUCGGAUCCCAGGUCAUCAUAUUUUGUCAAUUCGAUGGGAAUAUGGUGCGAUUCAAAGACGAAGAAAACUGUAUUAUCAAAAGAAUCGUUAAACAUUUUGCAGGAAGCACUUUCACCAAUGGUACUGUACGCAUUGGAUCGCAUUGCAUCAUUUAAUAUUGUGAAAAAUUUAUAUGUGUUCUGUGAGCUGCAAUCUCAGUUGGUGGGCCCAAUGAUGAAUACAGUAUUAAACGAAAUUGCUUCGAUCGAUACGAUGACACUUGGUACAAGAUCAAAAAUUUUUGAUAAUGCUUUGGCAAAAUUUUCACCGAUUUCAUCGCGUUUUAUCGGUAUUAUCAGCAAGGUUGGUUCUUGA